AUGGACGAACCAGAUGAGGAAGAGGAUGAGCAUACCACAAAUGAUCAUGUCACAGGCAGCGAUACAUCCUCGGUUGGCAAGAAGAGUGACGCAUCCUCGAUGAAUUGGCGUGCUGAUGCUUUGGACGUUGGCGAGAAUCUGGCUGCUGAAGCUGUUGCCAAGAAGGGCAUGUCUGUCGACUCCAUUGUCGCUUUGGUGCAAGAGGAGCGGGAACGAUGGGAAGAAGAGAGACAGGCUCUUGAGCUCCAGGCGGAAGAGCUGAAGGAGCAGCUGCGAUCCAUGCAGGCAGUGCACAGCCCUGAUGCCGAGAAGAAGGCUCUCAAAAGCGAGCACCAGGAGCUGCGCAAGGUCAUGAAGGCGCGCAGCCGGUUUGGAGCGUGGGUCUGUGAAAGGCACAUGGCAGAAAGUGAUGACCAGGAGACGGAUGCCGAGAAGGAGGAGCUGCGGCGCCGGACAGCGGCAGUCUUUGUGACGCUUCGGGCUGCACGCGCGGCUGUGGGCGCAGCUUCCAGCGAGUCGGAUGUAUCUCCCAUCCGAAGGCCGCCGGGUCCGGGUAUUCGACGCGGGUGA